CCAAAGGGCUCGCCUCUCUCAAUGGCCUUAGGAAACCAUAGCACCAUCACUGAGUUUCUCCUCCUUGGGCUGCCUGCUGGCCAUCACACCCAGAGUCUACUCUUCAUGCUUUUUCUGGUGAUUUACUUUCUGACCCUAUCAGGGAACAUACUGAUGAUCAUGGUUAUCAGAGUCAGUUCCCACCUCCACACCCCCAUGUACUUCUUCUUGAGUCAACUGUCCUUCUUGGAUCUCUGUUACUCUUCAGUUACAGUACCCAAGAUGCUGGAGAACCUCCUGUCUGAGAAGAAAACCAUCUCAGUGGAGGACUGCUUGACCCAAGCCUUCUUUGUUCUUGACUCUGGAGGAACAGAGCUCUGCCUUCUUGCAGUAAUGGCCUAUGACCGCUAUGCUGCUGUCUGCUACCCAUUGAUUUAUGGUCAAAUAAUGAGCAACCAGCUCUGUGUGAGGCUGGUGUGGGCAUCCUGGGUGCUGGCCUUUUUGGAUGCUCUCAUCAACACACUUCUAGCUUGGAAUUUGGAUUUCUGCGAGACUAAAGUCAUCCCCAACUUCAGCUGUGAGAUACCGUCUCUAUUCCCUCUAUCCUGCUCCAAUAGCUCUAUUAACUUUGCAGUCCUGCUCUGUUCAGCCCUCCUUCAUGCCUUUGGGACCUUCCUCCUGGUGUUCUUCUCCUAUGCCCGCAUUGUCUCCACCAUCUUGAGCAUAAGCUCCAGCACAGGCAGAAGCAAGGCCUUCUCCACCUGCUCCUCGCACCUCACUGCAGUGAGCUUAUUUUAUGGCUCAGGUUUUCUUCGUUAUCUUAUGCCUACAUCAGGUUCCCCAUGGGAGCUCAUCUUUUCCUUGCAGUACAGUGUGGUCACUCCCCUCGUGAAUCCCCUUGUCUACAGCCUAAAGAACAAAGAAGUUAAAGCAGCUCUGAAAACCAUGCUACGGAAAAGUUUGCAGCAUCUCAGGUAG